AUGAGUGUCAUGCAGUCCGGGACGCAGAUGAUCAAACUGAAGCGUGGGACCAAAGGGCUGGUCCGGCUCUUCUAUCUGGACGAGCACCGGACACGCCUCCGAUGGCGGCCCUCCAGGAAGAGCGAGAAGGCAAAAAUUCUUAUCGACUCCAUUUACAAAGUCACGGAGGGCCGGCAGUCGGAAAUAUUCCACCGGCAGGCUGAGGGGAGCUUCGACCCCAGCUGCUGCUUCACCAUCUACCACGGGAACCACAUGGAAUCCCUGGACCUGAUCACCUCCAACCCCGAGGAGGCGCGCACGUGGAUCACCGGCCUCAAGUACCUGAUGGCCGGCAUCAGCGACGAGGACUCCCUGGCCAAAAGGCAGAGAACCCAUGACCAGUGGGUGAAGCAGACCUUCGAGGAGGCGGAUAAGAACGGGGAUGGGCUGCUGAACAUCGAGGAGAUCCACCAGCUGAUGCACAAGCUCAACGUCAGCCUGCCCCGGAGGAAGGUCCGCCAGAUGUUCCAGGAAGCCGACACAGAUGAGAACCAGGGCACGCUGACCUUUGAAGAGUUCUGUGUGUUUUACAAAAUGAUGUCCUUGAGAAGAGAUCUCUAUCUGUUACUCUUGAGCUACAGUGACAAGAAAGACCACCUGACGGUGGACGAGCUGGCUCAGUUUUUGAAGGUGGAACAAAAGAUGAGCAAUGUGACGGUGGACUAUUGUCUUGACAUCAUCAAGAAAUUCGAAGUUUCAGAAGAAAAUAAGGUGAAGAAUGUUCUUGGCAUAGAAGGCUUCACGAACUUCAUGCGCAGCCCUGCGUGUGACAUCUUUAACCCCGUGCACCAGGAGGUGUGCCAGGACAUGGACCAGCCGCUCUGCAACUACUACAUUGCGUCCUCGCACAAUACCUACCUGACUGGGGACCAGCUCCUCUCGCAGUCCCGAGUGGACAUGUAUGCCCGCGUGCUCCAGGAGGGCUGCCGCUGCCUGGAAGUUGACUGCUGGGAUGGGCCAGAUGGAGAGCCGGUGGUUCACCACGGCUACACGCUCACAUCCAAGAUUCUCUUCAGAGACGUGGUGGAGACCAUCAACAAGCACGCCUUUGUGAAGAAUGAGUUCCCCGUGAUCCUGUCCAUUGAGAACCACUGCAGCAUCCAGCAGCAACGGAAGAUCGCCCAGUACCUGAAGGGGAUAUUCGGGGACAAGCUGGACCUGUCAAGUGUGGAUGCCGGGGAUGGCAGGCAGCUCCCAAGCCCUCAGAGCUUGAAAGGCAAAGUUCUGGUGAAGGGCAAGAAGUUGCCUUACCACCUUGGGGACGACGCAGAGGAAGGAGAGGUGUCGGAUGAGGACAGCGCCGAUGAGAUUGAAGAUGAGUGCAAGUUUAAGCUGCACUGCAAUAAUGGGACCACCGAACAUCAAGUAGAGUCUUUCAUAAGGAAAAAACUGGAGUCCCUGUUAAAGGAGUCUCAGAUCCGAGACAAAGAAGACCCUGACAGCUUCACAGUGAGGGCGCUGCUGAAGGCCACACACGAGGGCCUGCAUGCUCACCUGAGACAGAACCCCGAUGGGAAGGAAAGUGGGAAGAAAUCACAGGCACGGGCCCUCAUGACCAACUUUGGAAAGCACAAGAAAGCCACAAAGUCUCGGUCAAAGUCAUACAGUACGGAGGAAGAGGAGGAGUUGCAGCAGAACCAGAGCAGGGAGGGCGGCCAGAUGUGCAGGCUGGGCCGCCGGAGGAAGACCAUGAAGCUGUGUCGAGAGCUGUCUGACCUGGUCAUCUACACAAAUUCCGUGGCCGCCCAGGACAUCGUGGAUGACGGUACCACGGGCAACGUGCUAUCCUUCAGCGAAACCAGGGCACACCAGGUCGUCCAGCAGAAGCCAGAGCAGUUCAUGGUCUACAACCAGAAGCAGCUGACUAGAGUUUACCCCUCGGCCUACCGCAUCGACUCCAGCAACUUCAACCCCCUGCCCUACUGGAACACGGGCUGCCAGCUUGUGGCCCUGAACUACCAGUCCGAAGGGCGAAUGAUGCAGCUCAACCGCGCCAAGUUCAAGGCCAACGGCAACUGUGGCUAUGUGCUGAAGCCUCAGCAAAUGUGCAAAGGUACUUUCAACCCUUUUUCUGGUGAUCCACUUCCGGCCAACCCUAAAAAGCAGCUCAUCCUGAAAGUGAUCAGUGGACAGCAGCUUCCCAAACCUCCAGACUCCAUGUUCGGGGACCGGGGCGAGAUCAUCGAUCCUUUUGUGGAAGUAGAGAUCAUUGGAUUGCCAGUAGACUGCUGUAAAGACCAAACUCGAGUGGUGGAUGACAAUGGAUUUAACCCUGUGUGGGAAGAAACACUGACAUUUACCGUCCACAUGCCAGAAAUCGCCCUGGUGCGGUUCCUCGUGUGGGAUCACGACCCGAUAGGACGAGACUUUGUGGGGCAGAGGACCGUGACCUUCACCAGCUUAGUGCCCGGCUACCGGCAUGUCUACCUGGAAGGACUCACAGAAGCCUCCAUUUUUGUGCACAUCACAAUCAACGACAUCUACGGGAAGUGGAGUCCAUUAAUCCUCAACCCCAGUUACACCAUCUUGCACUUCCUAGGGGCUUCAAAGAACAGGCAGCUCCAAGGCCUGAAGGGGUUGUUCACCAAGAGCCCCAGGCCCGGCGCUUCAGAAAACAGUUCCCACUACGUUCGGAAACGAUCCAUCGGAGACAGAAUUCUGCGCCGGACAGCCAGCGCCCCAGCCAAAGGCAGGAAAAAGAGCAAAAUGGGCUUCCAAGAAAUGGUAGAGAUCAAGGAUUCCGUGUCUGAAGCCACAAAGGAUCAGGACGGAGUCCUGCGAAGAACCACUCGGAGUCUACAAGCGCGCCCAGUCUCCAUGCCCGUGGACCGGGGUCUCCUGGGGGCCUUGGCACUCCCACUCCCCAUGUCCGCAGCCCCUACUGCCACCGGGGCAAAGGAGAGCUCUCCGGCAGAAGGUAAAGAUGGCAGAAGAACAGGCCAGGCCAGUGGAAAAGGCCCACCUUUUCCAGAUUUCAACCAAGAGCUGUCCUCACCCUCCUCUUCUGCCCUCCUCCAUAAAGACGCCAGCCCGGGGGCCACCCAUGUCCUCUCCACCAUGGUCCCCACCCAGCCACAAGCCACCAGCGACAUCGGCCAGGAGGGCCCCGGCCCCAGCCAGUCUCCGGGGCUCCAGUCCACCCUCCUCUCCCGCUCUUACCCAACACAAAACCUGCGAGACAAGCAAGCCAAAGAAGCGGGGAAAGCGGAGGGUGGGCACAGCACCCUCUCCUCAGGCGGCCUGUGGGGCGGCCGGGCCGGGGCGCGAGCAUCCUUGUCUCUGUCAGACAUGUCCGCACUCUGCUCCGCCACGCCUGACCUGCACUCCACGGCCAUCCUGCAGGACACAGACGUCUCCCUCCUCCUGGACAACGCCACCUUCACGGGCGACACGGAGCCAGGCAGCUCCAUCUCGGCACUGAUCGCACGCUUUGAGGAGCCUCCCGUCCAGGCUGGCUAUCCUCCCCCGGCCUCCCAGCGUGGAGGCUCUGGGGACGAGGCUGUCCCAUCCUUCCUGUCGUCCUUGGAGCUCAGCCCACUCCUCAAUCCUGAGAGCUUCGCCACCCCCACUGGGACCAUCUGCCCUCCCCACUCCAAAUCCACGCCCGCGGAGGCCCCUUGUGCUACAAGCCUACGGGGGUCCCCUGAUGCUCCUCGUGGUGGGUUCCCCCAAACUCCCACCCGUGGGAAGCACUGGGAGCUGCUAAGCAGCAGCAGCCCUGCCCCGUCCACCGACCUGACCCUGAGCUAUGACAUCAUGGCGGGCCCCGUGCGCUGCGUGGAUUCUGGAGAGAGCAGCCUGGUGGAAAUGGACGGCACCUCAGGAGAUCUGUCUCUGACCACCUGCCACGAAGGAGGCUUGGGUGCCACUCCACUCGCCUGUCCAGUCAGGCCGGAAUACGGCCAGAAUGUGCUGGAACCCUGCCCGAGAGACUGGAGGAAUGGCUGUUGUGCGGAGACACUCCGGUCUCACCACUGGGAAAUUCUCCCCAGAGGUGAGAGGCCUCCGCACCCGGCCUCCCAGGGCGCUGGUGCUGAGCACCACGUCCCGGCCUCACAGAGAGGAGGGCGCCAGGCCAGCGAGCCCCAGCAGGCCGCUGUCCAGGGUGCGCAGGCCCCUGGGCCCACCCCAAGGCCACCCGCUGCCCUGUCCAGUCCCUGCAAAUCCAAAAGCCUGGGGGACUUGACCUCGGAGGACAUCGCCUGCAACUUCGAGAGCAAGUACCAGUGCAUCAGCCGCAGCUUCGUGCCCACGGGCGGGGCGGGCAGGCCGGGGGCGGCCGCAAGGACGUCCGGCCUGGGGCCUCUGGACGCCCUGACCCAGCAACUGCGGCAGUUGGUGAACUUAGAGCAGGAGGAUGGCUGUCAGGUGCGGGACUCCAGGCAGGAGGCCGGCCAGCUGCCGCGGGCGCUGGUGCGGAAGCUGUCCUCCAGGAGUCAGAGCCGAGUUCGGAACAUCGCCAGCCGUGCCAGGGAGAAGCAGGAAGCCAGCAGGCCGAAGGUGGGUGACGCUGGCCCGGGGGGCGGCGUGGUUCUCAGGAAGAGGCCGCCGGCGCCCGGGCUGGCUGUGAACCGCCACUCCACCGGCUCCUACAUCGCAGGGUACCUGAGGCCCUCAAAGGGGGGUGCCCUGGAGGGCCGGGGCAUCCCCGAGGGGGCCUGCGCGGUGCUGCGUGGCCGCUGUGUCGACCAGUGCCGUUCAGACGGCCCAGAUCUGCAGACUGAGCCGGGCCUGGACGAGAAACCGGAGAUUUAUUUUCUUCUGAGGCUGUGAUGCGUACGAAGCAGAAGCUUCAGCGAUGUUUACAAGGUCCUGUGUGGAAUGUCCUGGGUUUUUUGUUGUUUUUGUUGUUUUUUGUCCACAAAGAGGAGCCCGGCUUUGAAAUGCUUAGCAAAUGUGAUUUUAAAGCUGGGUGUCACUCUCCCUUUAACCUCCUGUGUCCCCCAUGUGUGGAUUUGUGACACUGCCUCUGUACCCCCAACCUCUCCGCCUGAGGUGCUGUGUGACCUGGAUUAAAUGCAUGCCCUGGGUGUGAAACUGCCUGGCCGCCUGGCUACAGGCGUCAGUGUCUGUCCCCUGCCCUCACAUCCCAGUCACAGGUAGCAUCAUUUCUUCCAUAAAUGUUGAGUCCAUCAAGCG